AGCAAGUUUACGAAGGAGAACGGUGAUGGUGACGCUGUUGUAAUGCCGCCCCUCUGUCCCACACCACCACUACCAGUAUCACCACCGCCAUUUGCACCCCCGUCUGGAGUAUUGGCAGCAGGUUGAGGGAGGGUUUAAUAAGUCGCCACUCCCUCCUUUCUUCAGGAACAGUCGAGAUCUCCCACGCACCUCUUUGCUACUCUCCCUCUCAUCCUCUACUCUGCUCAAUCCUGCGAUACUGAUACUGGGACUGCAGCCUUACUUUGCUUAUUCUCAUCUCCAUGUGAAUCGCCGAAGCGUACCGUUUUGGAUGACAUUGCUCUACGCAACUUAGCUUAGGUACUGAGGUAGGGCGAAAUGAAGUUUGGAAAGGAAUUAGAGCAGGAUAUGGUUCAAGGUCAGUGUAACCCUAUCAGUGCAGUGUAAGGAUACACCGAUAUACCAGUACACAUAGCAGUAUUCGACAUGCAGUAUAUGACAGCAUUCAGAAUACUGCUACUGUGUAUCUACUUCCACUGUACUCGAUACAUUAAAUACUCAAACACCUUCCACCCCAACAUCUACAUCUGCAUCAACAUCAACAUCAACAUCGCCAUCCCCAUCCGCCCGCACCUUCCUCUGAUUGCGCAUGAUCUAGUGCCUCAGGGUAACCCCAAGGCAAUGGGAAGCUGACUUCUCUCUCCUCAACAGAAUGGCGGGACAUGUACCUCGACUACCGAACAGGCAAGAAACAUAUCAAAGCCAUUUCCAGAGCCACCCUACGAACCAAUGCCACCCCCCGAAGUCAAAAUGGCCGGCCGGAUGCCAAUGCCAAUGCCAAUGCCCACAAUCGACCCCUCCUUCCCCCAUCAAAUCAACGACGCUCGUAUGGCGCUACCUUGCCCGCCUCAGCCUCUCAUCGCUCCCCAAAUCUAUUGAGGAGAAGACGUAGUCAUGCGGACCAUCUGGACGAGCCACUUCGAGACUCGCCAGCACCGAUGGCCACAGACUCAAGACCAGAGUCGGAACUCGUAGAUGCCAUCAUCUCACCUGCUCCUGCGAAAAGCCGGUGGACUUCAUAUGACGAUUCCAUCGUGGAGAGCUUUGUUCUGACCCCCGACGACAGCGAUGACAGAAAACCCAAUCCUUUCGAGCUUCCUGCGCCUGCCAUCCCUUCUCAGAACCCCUUCUCCCCUGCCCGAGAUUCGUCGCACAGUGGCGCGGCAAAUGCGUAUGAGGUUGGUACCACCUCCCCUCCUCGAAAAUCUGGCCCUCUUUCCCUGCGAGCGCGAUGGGGACACACUCAGUUGCGUCGAAUGUUUACUUCAACGGGAGUCCCUGCGCAGCCGCCAGAGCUUAAAGGUGCGGAUACCAAUCUGGUAGCCUUCGACCACGUCAGAUUGAGGCAAAAUGAUUUCUUCGAAUGGUUGGACGGAGAACUGGACAAGGUGGAGUCCUUUUACAAGUCCAGAGAGGAAGAGGCUGGUAAACGAGUAGUCAUCUUGCGUGAGCAACUACACGAGAUGAGGGAUCGGAGGCUCGAAGAACUCGCCGUCGUCGCACGGGCAAAGCAUGCUCACAGAACCGAGAAUCGACCUGUAACGAGGCAUAAUCGUGUAUCAUCAAUGAGUAGCAGCACGAAGGACCAGAAAUACCAUCGGAGGUCUUGGCUUGGUCCAUUGGGAAGAAUGGUUGAAGCGACCAAAGCCAAAGCACUUGGGCCUCGCGCUCACGCCAACUCCAACACAAGGGCGCUGCAGGAUAUGACGGGUACUCCUGCCACGGAACCUGAAAAUCCAGUCGGUAUUGCCGACCAUAGCCUUGAUUACGUUCAAAAGCACACCACAGAGGUUGUGCCAUACCGUACCGCCAAAAGGAAGCUAAAGCUUGCCCUGGGGGAGGCUUAUCGUGGGAUGGAACUUUUGAAAUCAUAUGCUCUCCUAAACAGAAUCGCUUUUCGAAAGAUCAACAAAAAAUACGAUAAGGCCAUCAAUGCUUAUCCUCCUCUGAGAUACAUGACGAAUAAGGUCAAUAAAUCUUGGUUUGUACAAAGUGACGUGCUUGAUGGUCAUCUACAUGUCCUCGAAGACCUAUACGCACGUUACUUCGAGGCUGGCAAUCACAAAGUUGCUGUCGGAAAGCUGAGAAGUAGUUAUGGAAAGAAGCGUAAUCAUUCUAAAAGUGCAUUCCACAAUGGUAUCUUGAUCGGCACUGGUGCUGUAUUUGCCAUUCAAGGUACAAUUUACGGAUACAGUUCCUUGUGGCACCCCAAUCCUACCAUAGCGUUACAAACAAGGUAUCUGCUUCAAAUAUACGGUGGAUAUUUUCUUGCUCUCUAUUUAUUUUGCUGGUUCUGCUUGGAUUGCCGUCUUUGGACUCGCCACAAGAUCAACUAUAAAUUUGUGUUUGAAUUUGAUCCUAGGCAUACUCUGGAGUGGCAACAAUUGUCGGAGUUUGCCUCGCUGUGUAUCCUGUUUUUGGGGUUAUUCCUUUGGGUCAAUUUCACCCGUUAUGGCGACUCUGAGAUGUAUAUCUACUUUCCGGUCAUUCUCAUCUUCGUUACGGCAGUUUUAAUAUUUUUUCCUGCGCCGGUGAUAUACCACCGAAGUCGGGAGUGGUUCAUUUACUCACAUGUAAGUUCCCCAAGAUCUUGAUACGAAAACUCAUUAACCCGUUCUACAAGUGGCGUUUAUUUUGGGCUGGAUCAUACCCUGUGGAGUUCCGCGACUUUCUAUUAGGUGACAUGUACUGCUCUUUGACAUAUUUUAUGAACGUCAGUUUUUCUCAAGCCUCGUAUCAUGUGAUUACAGUGUUUGUCGCUGACGACCUUAUAGAACAUUGAGCUUUUCUUUUGCUUGUAUGCGCGCCAUUGGCAGGGCCCAGAACAAUGCAAUUCUACACACUCUAGACUGCUGGGGUUCUUCGCGGCAUUGCCUCCAAUUUGGCGCAUAUUUCACUGUUUGCGACGAUACUACGAUACUCGAAACAUUUUUCCACACCUUGUCAAUUGUGCCAAAUACUGCUUCACUGCUGGAUUUCUCGCUAUGCUUAGUGUCUAUCGAAUCAACCAAACCCAACGAAACUUGGCUAUCUUCAUCGUGGUGGCGACCAUCAAUUCCAUUUUUUCCUGUAAGUUUUGACCCGUCUUACCUUGAGAUUGAUGUAUUCUAAUUAUGUAGCUAUCUGGGAUUUAGUGAUGGAUUGGUCGGUUCUGAAACCCGAUGGCUAUAUGCCUCGUCUCCGGGACAUUCGCGCCUUUAAAACCACCUGGUGGUACUACGUGGCCAUGGUAGUCGAUCCAAUUCUAAGAUUCAGUUGGAUAUUCUACGCGAUUUACACUCGAGAUGUUCAACACAAUACAUUCGUAUCCUUCAUGGUCUCCUUUGCCGAGGUUACUCGUCGUGGCAUGUGGACUCUCUUUCGGGUUGAAAACGAACAUGCUACCAAUGUGGAAAGGAACAAGGCUUCUAGAGACCUUCCUUUGCCUUACUCAAUAUGGGACCACCCCGAAGAUGAACAUCGGGAUAGUACUUUGCCUGAACCUGGAGCCGAAGCAAAUAAAACACCGAGCUUACAUGAUCAUGAUGGUGGUCGUCUCGAAGCCCAAGCUCUUGAUGGCGGGUCUUUGAAGAGAAGAAUAUCACCCAUCAAAUCCAUCAAGACUGCUCUCGCGAAUGCCCACACGCAAGAUUUCGUGCGCAAGAAGGUCCCGGGUAAUGGGUAUAGCAGCAGUGUGAGGAGUGAGGCGCGAGAUCGGGAUCGCGAGGCGAAUCAUCCGGAACGGGUUGCGAAUAGCAGUGAUGAGGAAGAUGAAGAAGCGGAUGCCGAGGAAAUUGCUACAGCUGAGGAACUUGUUCGUCUUCGAACUGCGAGCUUUGAUUUUGUGGAUGAUGAAGGGGAUGCGGAGGAGAAUGCUGCUGCCGAAGAACUUGGUGGGCUUGGUACUAGGAGUUGAUUUUAUGGAUGAUGGAUCAUGUGGAUGAAGAAUAAUAACUUCUUCGCCAGCUUGGAAAUACGGGACAUAUCUUUUGCAUAUAUACGUACUUUUUCUUAUUCAUUUGCAUGUAUAUAACUCUUAUUCGUUAAUCCCUAUUAGUUGAUAUAAAUAGCAUGAUUUAUUUUA